CCACCGUUUCGUUCCUUCGUUUGUCUAUCGCAAUACGUACCGCUUCCUCCGGCAGUUGUGGGUUUCUUAGCAAGUCUUUCCGCAGUUCGAUUUUAGGGUCGCUGCUUUUGCGAGGUGGGUUGGAAUGGUUUGAUGUUGCAUCUGACCAUUCGUAACCCCAGAAUACGAAAGGACGAACACGCCAGGAACCGAUGGAGGAAGGCUGAUAUCACAAUCGAACCUUUCUUUGGUGUCACCAUAGCUUCGUCUGACGAUUAGCUCUUACUAUCUACAUCUUCUUUGUCUUCAAACACUUACAACAAAAAAUCGAGACUUCGAGAUUUUCUGUCCUCCACCACCACAGAAUCAUCUCCCAGCCGUUCACCGUACCUGAAUCAUGGCUUCAGCCGAGAAAGCCACUCCCGAGCCCGCGUCUCCAAAUCGCGGGUGGCGUUUCUGGGCAAUCAUGACAUCCAUGGCCGUCUCCAGCGUGCUGGCUGGUCUCGAUGCCACAGCUGUAUCAACAGCCAUGCCAUCCAUCAUCCACGAUCUGGGCACCUCCCAAGGCUAUACCUGGAUCGCAAACGCAUACCUCCUCACCACCACAGCAUUCACGCCCAUCUUUGGCCAGACGGCGAAUAUCUUCGGCCGGCGCGCACUAACCAUCCUCUCCAUCGUGCUCUUCGCCAUCGGAUCCGCCAUCGCGGGUCCGGCGCCCAGUCUCGGUGUUUUGGUGCUCGGGAGAGCCAUCCAGGGAAUUGGAUGCGCGGGACUGAAUACCAUGGUCGAGAUGGUAGUCUGUGAUCUCGUGCCCCUCCGCGAGAGGGGGAAAUUCAUGGGAUUUAUCUUUGGCAUCUACGCGAUAUCAACUACCAUCGGCCCCUUGAUUGGAGGCGCAUUCGCGACCUACGCGACCUGGAGAUGGAUAUUCUACCUCAACCUACCCCUCUCGGGCAUAACUCUCGCCAUGGUGCUCCUCUCCCUCGGCGCCCUCCCCAAGAAAUCCUCCUUCUCAUUGAAAUCUCUCGCGCGCGUCGAUUUCCUCGGCAACGCCCUCCUCAUCGCCUCCAUAACCUCCAUCCUGAUCGCCCUCACCUGGGGCGGCGGCCAAUACACCUGGUCCUCCUACCACACCGUCCUCCCCCUCGUCCUCGGGCUCGCUGGCCUCUUAUUAUUCCUCGCUUUCGAAACCCGCGUCCCCGAACCCACCACCCCCUUCCGCCUGUUCGCCAACCGCACCUCGCUAAUCGGCUUCCUGUGCGCCUUCAUCCACAACAUGCUCGUUUUCUGGAUCCUCUUCAUCCUCCCCAUCUACUUCCAAGCCGUGCUGAACAAAUCCGCUUUCCGGAGCGGGGUGGACGUCCUACCUACGGCUGCCGUCUGCAUGCCGUUCACCAUCCUGUCUGGCGGUCUGAUGACGAAGCUCGGGCGCUAUAAACCGCUCCUCAUCGCUGGCUUUGCGUUCUUCCCCCUAUCGCUCGGCUUGUUUAGCCUUCUUGAUCAAAAUUCUAGUACAGGCACCUGGGUAGGAUUCCAGAUCCUGGCCGCGGUGGCGAUUGGUGUUAUUACACCCGUCACCCUACCCACGGUCCUGACCCCGCUCGAGGAGAGAGAUACAGCGGUCGGGACCGCGACGUGGGCGUUUAUGCGCGGAUUCGGGACCAUUUGGGGCGCUGCUAUCCCGUUGGCGGUGUUUAACUCGAAGGCCAACUCUUUGGUCACGUCGCGUUUAUCCUCUAACCCCUCCGCGCAACAACUCCUGCAGAAUGGCGGCGCGUAUACGCUUGCAGCGGGCGGGAGCGUGUAUUCUGCCCUCGGCUUAGAGGCGAAUCCGGCGCUGGAAGACACGGUGAGGGGUAUAUAUACGGAUGCGUUGAAAUUGUGCUGGCAAGUGGGCCUGGCGUUCGCGUUGGCGGGGUUCUUGCUUAGUUGGGGGACGAGGGAGUUGCGGAUGAGGGAGGAGUUGGAGACGGAGUUUGGGUUGGGGAAGUGUGUUUGGCUUGAGCUCGCACUUUGA